AUGCGCAACUCUGUAGGUUUCAAAGACAAGCUAUACGAAUUGAACGUGUUUGACACAGUCUCCGUUGAAGAAUUUGGAGAAGUACUACAAGAGUACAAGGACGUCGACAUAUGUCUUCUGGUGUGUUUAGCAAGCGAUCUGAGUAGUUUCAAAAACUUGACGUAUUGGAUAUCCAAGUUCAAGAAAGAAGCGAACAUUAUUAAUGCCGAUACGUUCCCUUUCGUCGUUGUUGGCAACAAGCAGGACGUCCCCGAUUAUGCCAGACUAAUUUCAAGAAAAGAAGCGGAUGAUUGGUGCUGGAACAAUAAUCUUUGUCACCCAGAUAUAUCAACCAAAGAGGAGCCCACCAUCAACCGAAUAUUCGGAGUAGGGAUAGCAUUGUACGAGCGUCGACAAGAGGAAUUGGGAUAG